UUCAUUGGUCAGUGAGGAGGAAAUAACCGGAUGUGGGGCUGUAGCUUGACUAGCUAAGUCCCGAAACGGGAAAACUCUAAAAUGUUUAAAUUAUAUAAAAAAAAUAUGUCUCUAAUUCAGUAUUCAUCGACGUUUCAAUGGAAUAUCGUUCCGACGCGUUGUAUUUGGACUGCUGUGAUUUCUAUGGCCGAAAUUCGUCUACAAAAUGUAAUUAGUCGUCAUUAGCAAAGAGAAUAGACCGUUAGCCACCGUGGAGCUAACGUAAGGACAAAAGCAUGUUGUUUUUUGUCACUGUAUUGCUAAAACGAAAUUUCGGUGGCACGUAAUUACAGCAACGAUAUAAGAACAACGCAGGUUGACACAACACACAACGUCGCAUAUAACACAUAUGCGACAAGCUGGAGUGUAGGCCGCUUUAAGAUUGUAUCUACGGUCAUUAUAACAUGAAAGACGUUUCCAAAGUUUCCAUCGUUGAGGCUUUUAUUAAAAGUUCGUGGUUAAGUUCCUCAGGACAAUUCCACCAUCCAUCCUCUGGGGAUGACCGCAUCCUUUGUGGACAUCUCUGACCUUGUCCAUCUGAGCACCGAGAUACUGAGGACAGUUACGGAGGGGACAGCUUCUCAUCAAGUUUCAGGUUGCAGAAAAAAAGCACAUGGUUGAAACCUUGACCUACUAGAACAAGGUUAGUCGCUAGAAUUGUGAAGAGGAGAAUCCAGAGUGGGGCAAGGAUGUCUGAGACCAUGAAGGUGGAAGCAGACGACCCGGGAGGACUGAGUUCAGUGUCCUCCAUACCUGCAGCAUCCUCAUCAGAACUGGAGCAGAAACAAGACAGCAAAGAUCUCAUCCGUCAGAUGUUGGUGAUUAAAGUGGUUCCCAGUGACUGGAGUCCCAAUUUGGAUGAACAGGACCCAGAGCCCCCCAGCAUAAAAGAGGAAGAGGAGGAACUGUGGAUCUGUCAGGAGGAAGAGCAUCUUAAUAUGAAGAUUGAAGAUGAAGGGAAACCUCACUUUUCAGCGCUUCACCAAAUCAAAACCGAAGACGACAGAGAAACUGAGGCGCCAAUCAGCAGCUCAACUAAACAGCUAAAGAUAGAAUCUAAAGGAGAAGACUAUGGAGGCCCAGAAAGGGACAAAAACACAUAUCCAGUAUGUUCCUACCAACAUAAGAAGAUUACUGUUAACAGAAGAGGUAAAUCCUCUAAACUGUGUUCCAAACGUGUGGCUCAGAUGGGAUUACAUACUGGAGAGAAACCAUUUGGUUGCAAUACGUGCGGCAAAAGAUUCAAACGUCAGACCCACGUUAAACUCCACAUGAAUAUUCACAUUGAAAAAAGAGAACAUAACUGUGGGCUUUGUGGUAAAGGAUUUAAAGCAAAGCAUUUUCUUCAGACUCACAUGAGACUCCACACUGGGGAGAGACCAUUUCCUUGCAGUGAUUGUGGUAGAAGGUUCCAUUCUAAGACAGUUCUUAAAAGUCACAUGGAGGUGCACUCUGGAGAAAAGGCUUUUUCCUGCGAUGUUUGUGGUUCCAGAUUUAAAAGGAAGGAAACUCUUAAGAAGCACUUGUGGAUCCACACCACAGAGAAACAGUUUGUUUGUAAUCUUUGCAGUAAAGGGUUUUCACAACAAAAUGGUCUAAGGAUUCACAUGCGUGCUCACAGCGGGCAGAAACUCUUUAUCUGUAGUGUUUGUAGUAAAGGAUUUUCAGAACAAGAGACUCUGAAGAGACACAUGCGUGUUCACACAGGAGAGAAACCGUUUAUCUGUAGUUUCUGCUGCAAAGGAUUUUCACAACAAAUCCAUCUUAAGAGACACCUGCAUGUUCACACGGGAGAGAAGCAGUAUAUUUGUGGUCUUUGUAAUAAAGAGUUUUCACAACAACAUCAUCUGAAAAACCACAUGGAGGUCCACUCUGCAUCAUUCAGCUGUAACAGUUGUAGUAAACGUUUUGUGAAAGAAAUCCAGUUAAUCCGACACGUGAGAGUCCAUUCAGAAGAAAGGCCGUUUGGCUGUGACGUCUGUCAGAGCAGAUUUAAUCAAAAAUGUCAGCUUCAAAAUCACAUGAGGGUCCAUUCAGGAGAGAGACCGUUUGUUUGUGAUGUUUGCGGUAAAGGGUUUUCACAACAAGGAAAUCUGAAGAGGCACAUGGUUGUUCACAAGUGCUGCGACUAAGGGCUAUUUUGGUAGUUCUGUGAUAUCCCAAGAUUUUUAAUGUUUUCUGAAACUUUAUUUUGUCUGCAAACCUGUGAAUGCCAUGAUACCUACUUUUUCAUAAACUGGGCAAGACAUUUAACCCUCAUUGCCUGCUAGCAGUGAUCAGAGGGCCCUGUGGCGCCGAGUAUGGCAGCCUCGCUUCUGUCAGUCUGUGGCUACAAAUGUAGUUUACCAUUCAUCAGUGUGUGAAUGUGUGUGUGAAUGGCUGAAUGUAGAGUGAACCACUUUGGGGUCCUCAGGGCUUGAUUAAAAAAAACCCGCUAUACAAGUACAUGCCACUUACCAUUAUUUUAAUUUAUUAGACUAUAUAUUUUUUCUUUUUGCAUAAUAAAAAAAAUAUUUGCACUUGUAAGUACAGAUUGUGUGUAUGUCAUUCUUUUGGCAUUACGAAAUAAAUGUUCACGUAUUUCGAAAUAAAAAAAUCAAGAGUUUUAAGCAUGUCUAUUAAAAAAAUAAAAUGUGCCCCGGUUUCAUCAUGAGUAAAUCUCUAAAACAAUUAGUCUCUUUUACCCUUUUAAUAAAAUCUGCUUUUUUCAUUUAUCAUGCAGUUGAUCUGUAUUUAUUAGCUCUAUAUAUUAAUAGUCUGAUAUUAAAUUGUAUUUAUA